AUGGCCGGGUACAACGGGCGGCGGGCGCCCAACUUCUCGCAAUACCUCGAUGACCUGAACGCCAUCCCCUCGCCCUACGAUCAAGCGGUGCAACAGCAGCAGCAGCAGCAGAACUCCUUCAACGUCGACGACGAACUCGCUCUCUUUACCAAUGCCGAGUUCUUUGAUUUUGAUAAAUUCGGGGGCCUCUCCCUACCCACGUUCGACUCGGUGGAUAACACCAAGACCGCCGGCGACCAAACAUCUCAUGAGGCGGACAUGAAAUUCCUCGAUUUUCUGAAUGAUGGCUUGGGCAAUAUCCCUGACUAUCCAACCGACUACAACACCAUUAACGCCCCUACGGCGGUGUCGGUAUCAGACUCGUCUUUCUCGAGUCCCCCCAAUGGACCGGUGGCUGCGACCCAGGCUCCUGCGCCUGCUGUUCCCGUAGCUGCGCCCAACCUGGCCCCAGCUCUUGCCCCGAACCCUUCAUCGACUGCCGUUGCUGGGCCUAAGCGCAAGCACACCCAAAAGUCGACGCAAGCUAGUGCAGAGGAAGCUGCGCUUGUCGCCGCCGAAGAGGACAAGCGUCGCCGGAACACAGCCGCAAGCGCCCGUUUCCGCGUGAAGAAGAAGAUGCGCGAGGCAGCCCUGGAGCGCACUGUCAAUGAGACAAACGAAAAGAACAGCCGUCUCGAGGCCCGUGUUGGUCAGCUGGAGCUGGAGAACAACUGGCUGCGCGGCCUGAUCAUGGAAAAGAACGGCGACACCAAGCGCAACGAGGAGGCUGAGAAGCAGAUCUCAGAUAUGUUCCAGAAGUUCUUGGCCUCGCGGAACUCAGAAUCCUCCGAGUCAAAGCACGGCGUGGGGACCAAUGCGUGA